ACAUAUAUAUGUGUAUUCGGCGAAAUUGUCGGCAAAAGCGAUCGUUCUUGUUCCGUGAAAGUUCAUGUCAAGAAGAGAUGGGACAACACGUUUCAAGAACAGACUUCGAAUGGACUUACACCGAAGAACCACACGCUAGUCGUCGUAAAAUAAUAUUAGAGAAAUAUCCACAAAUAAAAAAAUUAUUUGGAUACGAUCCUCAAUUUAAAUGGAUAGUAACUGGAAUGGUUUUAGUACAAUUUUUAUCCUUAUUUAUUGUUAAAGAUUUAAGCUAUCCAAAACUUUUUUUAAUGGCAUAUUGUUUUGGAGGUAUCAUUAAUCAUUCGCUUAUGCUUGCAAUUCAUGAAAUAUCACAUAAUCUUGCCUUUGGGCAUGCUAGACCUAUGGCUAAUAGACUGUUUGGAUUGUUUGCUAAUUUACCAAUAGGAAUACCAGUAUCUAUCAGUUUUAAAAAAUACCAUUUGGAACAUCAUCGCUAUCAGGGAGAUGAAAAGCUUGAUACAGAUUUACCAACUUUAUUAGAAGCAAAAUUAUUUUGUACCACAUUUGGCAAAUUUUGUUGGAUAUGUCUGCAACCAUUUUUUUAUGCCUUCCGUCCUUUAAUAACUUAUCCAAAAGCGCCAUUAAUGCUUGAGUAUGUUAACCUAGCUAUACAAUUACUAGUUGAUGCAAUUUUGUGGUAUUUUUUUGGUGGCAGAGUAUUAAUAUAUUUAAUUGGAGGAUCACUUAUGGCGAUGGGAUUGCAUCCUGUAGCAGGUCAUUUUAUAUCAGAGCAUUAUAUGUAUAAAAAGGGAUUUGAGACUUAUAGCUAUUAUGGCCCUUUGAAUUUUAUAACAUUCAAUGUUGGGUAUCAUAAUGAGCAUCAUGAUUUUCCUGCUGUUCCUGGUUCACGAUUACCUGAAGUGAAACGAAUUGCAUCUGAAUUUUAUGAUGAUCUACCUAAACAUAAUUCUUGGACAUCUGUGUUAUAUGAUUUUGUGAUGGAUCCUGAAAUCGGUCCAUACGCAAGAAUAAAACGAAAACAUAAAGGCUUGGAUUCAUAGGAUAAAUAUUGAAUUUGCCAAUAAUUAGUAUUUACAAAUACUAAAUACACAGAUUGUAUUAUUAUUAUUAUUAUUACACUUAUUAUAAUGUAAGUAUGAUCAUUAUAUAAUAUUAAAUUUACCAAACUAAAUUUAAUGAUCAAAGUUACAAAAAUCAUAAAUAUUAUUUUUUAGUAAUUUAGAUUGAUUUUAAUUGAUUUAAUAAUAUGAACUAACAUAACAAAAAAUUUUAUUUAAUCAAAAUAAUCAAAUUUUAGUAAAAAUAGAUAUACAAUCAGUGUUCAUAAAUUUGAUGUAAAAUGUAGCAAUGAAAAAGAAUUAUAAUUAUAUUAUAUUUUCAAAUUUUUAAAAUGUAAAUAAGAUACAGAUAAGAUAUAUAAAGUAAUAUUUAUCUAAAGAAAAUGAUCAUAAGAUGAAAUGAUUUCUGAUAUAUGAUGACAUGAACAUAUUAUAUGGAUAAAUUGUGAAUAAUAUCAUUGAUAUAGCUAAAAUAAUUCAUUACUUCUUAUAUACUUAUCAGUAUUCCUAUUCUAUUUAAAAACAAAAAAAACAAAAUAUAUACGUUAUUAUAUAAAUAUAUUUAUGUAAGAUCAAACAGGAAUUUUAAUAUUACAAGUACCAAUUAUAAUAAAUUCUAUUUUAUAUAACGUAACAUAUACAAAAAUCUCGUUUCAAAAUAAUUUAACAAGUACGUUUAACAAGAAACAAAAUAAUUUAGAUAAUAAUUAAAUAAUUUGAAUACAAUUUUAUAAAAGAAACAGGAAAGAAAGAAAAUAAUACAAGUUACUAUACGAAAAAGAAGUUUCAUAUAAUGGCACACCUUGAACUUUGUGACAAAAGAGAAGAAACUAAUACUUCCCACUACUGAUAUUUACAUAAACGCUUGAACGAAUGUGUGUGUUUUGUUUCUGUGAAAGACGAUUGCUUCUAUGUACGCGUAACUAAAUGCUCAAAUUUACUAAUCUAUUCCAAACACAAUGAAACGUGUUUUGCGAUCUUUUCAUACGGAGAAGCCACGUGAUAAUUCAUUCAAGCAUUUUAACGAGUUAUCAACAGAUGAUUCGAUGAUAAAAAUAAGAAAAUAUAUCUCCAUCUAUUGAUUAAUUUUUGAUAUAUUGUUAAACUUUAUAAAAAUGUCUACUUCCUUUUAUAUUUUAUAUACGUACUGGAAAAGUAAAAAUCUUAUAAGAAACGUUUAGCAAAGAAUAGCAUACAUCUAGACACGUGAUUUAGGAAUCGUGGUUUCUCAAGGUUAAAUGGAUUCCGUCUUAUUUUAUUUUUUCUUUAUUUUAUUAAUAUCAAACAGCACAAUCAAGUAAUUUAUUCUUUUUUACAUGUAUAUAUCAUAUAUUAUUUUUAGAAAAAUUAAAAGAAGAAUUUAUUUCUAUACUAUCUGUAAGAUAAAAGCUUCCAGCGCUAUUUGUUUCUUUUUUUUGUGGUUUCUCCUGUAGUAGUACAUUUUAUAUUAUUACUAUUACUACUAUUACUAUAGUAAUAUCAAAAUAAUAUAAUAAGGAUAUAAAAAUGUGUGUGUGUAUAUAUAUAUAUAUAUAUGUAGUUAACAUUAUAUAAAUCAUGUACAUUCUGUAUUAUAUACAAUGAUGAUGAUUUAUAAUAAUAAAAAAGAAAGAAUAUAUUUAAAAAAACAAGCUACAAUCUAACUACUUUACUUGCUAGUGUCUUACAAAAAUUUCUAUCCUCUUUUGGUUGCAUUCCAUGUGUUACCAGGCGUGAUGAUUCUUCGUAUUUAUUCUCAUUCGAUAAUUUGAACACGUAACUAUAGAUAUACCGACAAAAUACGACGACUCAUACGAAACGGUUCUUUUAUUUUUAUCCUUUCGUCCGUUAUUCUUUGUGAGUAUUCUUCUUGUUGAUUUUAUUUUCGUUCUUAUUGAUUCUGUUAUUGAUUUUACAAAACUCAUAAUUAAGUGAAUUAAUUAUGAAAUUUUGUUAUGAAAUCGAUAAUGAAGAAGAAAUGGAGAUUCUUUUAAUUAUUAUUCAUAUAUUCAUUUUAACAAUGUAAAAUGCAUAUGGAGUGUAAUUAAUAUAUUAUAUUAUAUUAUAUAUAUAUAUUAUAUUAAUAUAUUAACAAUUAUACAAUUAUUUAAAUAUUAUAAAACUAAUAACUCAUGUUUAGUAUAUUCUUGUAGUUUACUCAUGUAGUUUAUUCUCGUUAUCGCGUACCUGCCAGUGACGCAAACAAUAUAACGAAAAAGAAAACAUAUGAACGACCUUGAUAAGCGACCAAUCAAUCGUUGAUGUAAACAUUGUAACUCUCUUAUUUCACUCGCAUAUUAGAAUAAACGAUGCCUUCAAUUAUUUAAUAUUCCUUUAAGAUGUGUGUAGUACUAUACUGUAUUCUACUAAUGCUAGUCAAUAAAAUCGUACGCCAUAGUGAUUUCAAAAUAUAAAUUUAUAACGAAAAA